GCUGCUGCUGGUGGAGCAGUCGGAUGCGUCCCGGCUUGGCAUUUCCCCGCAACUUUCACAUGCGAACACGCUCCACCCUGUCUUCUUGUCCACUGUUCCCCCAAGACGCGCAUCAUUACCUCCAACAACAUGUUGCUACGCUUGGGCUCGCUGAGCUUUGAGCUCAGCAUGUGGAGCCCCAUCUAUGCCGUCGCGCCCUUUGUCCUGCUCUCCAUCUCCAUCCCGCUCGCCUUCUUCGCCCUCGUUACCACGUCCAUCGCUAUCACGCUUCUGUCGUUGCGCGCAUUGGCCAUCUACUCUCGCCUGGCCAUUGCCAUUGUAGGCGUGUGGCUCUCUCCGUCACCUCCAUCGAAAUACAGCCCUCCCCGUCAUUCUCGCCCCGUACCCGCGUCAGCCCGACAUUCACCAAAGAGCGUACACCAGCGCUCCCGCCGUACCAGUAUCACCGGCACAGCAUCUACCCAGGGCACUGCUGCCUGCUCUGCUCAGUCUCCAAACUUUCUUCAGCGAAAGAACAAUUCCCUUACCGCUCUGAUCGGUACCAGCGAGUUGACGCGAGAUUUUGAAGGCGUAGGUGGCUGGAGAGUCGCAGGUGAUGACGACGAAGAGGCAUUGUGGAUGGGCAUCAACUCAAGACUUGAACUACCUGCCGAGACACCAACCAGAAGGCGCAGGUUAAGCCAUACGGGCACUGCCAGCCCAGGUCAGCGACUGAGCGUCGGAUCAGAGAUCUUGCGGAUGAGCCCGGUGCAGAGUAGAUCGAGGACACCUGUACGGUUCAUGCAUGACGAUGAGUAUGGCUACUUCCCCCAACAGCCCUUACCAAACAACACACGCUUCAGCCACAGUCCAGACAUCGCCCACGAACGCAAGAGACGAAAAAGCACUAGCGCGAGUAGCACGUCCAGCAAUACAUCAACUGGCCUGACAAUAGCAACAAAGCAUGCAGGAGAGAAAUUCUGACUUGAGCAACACAUGCACGUCGUGUUCUCUCUGUCAUUCAAGGCACCGAUUUUUGUUUGCUUUUCAUAACGUGUUGACAAGGCAGGCUUCGAACAGGAAUUGGAUUUUAGACAUGAGCGGCAUCGAGAAUACCUUCCCUUGGUCAAUGGAAAGAAUGACCAUGUACAAGCUAAUGUCUUCCUCUCUCUGCGUAUUGCAAUGGGACAUCAGCU